UAUCUUUUUCUGCAGUCCCACCCUCCGUCCAGCUGGCAGCGCUGUGUGAAGAUCAUUCCUCUCACCGAAUAAGAGGAAAAAGAAGCUAAUCUGUAUAGUUAGCUAGCAAGUCGGCAAUAAAUAAACAGAAAAACUAAGACGGUGACUGAUAUGUCAGCUGAUACCAAGAUUGCUGAGCUGCUCACAGAGCUCCAUCAGCUCAUCAAACAGACCCAGGAGGAGAGGUCACGCAGCGAACACAAUCUGCUCAACAUUCAGAAAACACAUGAGAGGAUGCAGACGGAAAACAAAACUUCUCCGUACUACCGGACCAAGCUGAGGGGACUGUACACCACAGCCAAAGCCGACGCCGAGGCAGAGUGCAGCAUCCUGCGUCACGCGCUGGAUAAAAUCGCAGAGAUCAAGUCUUUGUUGGAGGAGAGGAGAAUAGCUGCUAAGAUGGCGGGAGUUUACAGCGACAGCGACCCUCCCAGGAAGACGAUGAGGCGCGGCGUCCUGAUGACGCUCCUCCAGCAGUCGGCCAUGACGCUUCCUCUGUGGAUCGGCAAGCCGGGGGAGAGCCCGCCUCCUCUGUGCGGGGCGACCCCCGCCAGCAGCGACUACGUGGCCAAACAGGGCGACAAGGUGGCGGCGAGGGUGAAGGCGGUGGACGGAGACGAGCAGUGGAUCCUGGCGGAGGUGGUCAGCUACAACCACUCCACCAACAAGUAUGAAGUGGACGACAUUGAUGAAGAGGGCAAAGAGAGACACACUCUGAGCAGGCGGCGGAUCAUCCCUCUGCCUCAGUGGAAGGCCAACCCAGAGACAGACCCCGAGGCCCUGUUCAGUAAGGACCAGCUGGUGCUGGCCCUCUACCCACAGACCACCUGCUUCUACCGGGCGCUGAUCCACACGCCACCACACCGGCCUCAGGACGACUACUCGGUGCUCUUUGAGGACACGUCAUACGCCGAUGGUUAUUCCCCUCCGCUCAACGUGGCUCAGCGAUACGUGGUCGCCUGCAAAGAGAACAAGAAGAAGUGAGCGGCGACUGGAAGUCAGGAUACCAGAGGACGAACAUGAAGCCUGUUUUGGGAGCGUUGUUAUAUUGCACUGAUUUCCAUUUUUGUUUGAAAAGAUUAGGCUCUCGUGUUUGUGUUUCAAAUCAUUGGUCUAUUGAACUUGAACAGACUUUUUUUAUACUUAUGCAUCUCUUCAAUGAGACUGUAUUUGUCAAAAUCACCACCAAGACACUGAGAAGAAGUGAAAUUAACAACAACACCUGAAUGUCUCAUGGGGGAAUUUGUUUCGUGGCUGUGUCCCAAAUCUCUACUGCAAACUCAUUCUGAAUUGUAGUGUGUUCAGAGGAAACGGGGCCAUAAUAAAACACCAAAAACAGCCAGUAUUGAAACUAAAUCACAGAGAGUGCUGUUUGUGUGUCCCACAAUGCAUUGCACAAAGGAAAAUGUAGGAGCUACUCACAGCUAAAAAAAACAAACAAUGGAUGGCGGUUAAAACAGCUCCAGAAACAAACAUUUCUCUAUUUAGAAACUAAAAUUGACAUUUUAAAGUCAUUUUUCGUUUGCCUCAGCAUCAUUUUGCUGUUUCUGUAAGACAGCUUUUCAUGUUGAUAAUUUCGUGUAUUUACUGCAAAAACAGUGUACUUUAAAAAUUAGUAUACAUUUUGAAUGCAGUAUUGGGACACAGGAUUUGAGCUUCUAACAGGAAAGUUGGACAUCUUCCCCAGCGAGGAGCGACAUCUAGUGGCCAGUACAGGAACUUCAGCAUCCUGCUGCUGUCUGUGGUGGGAACUGUUUGGUUGUUCUGCCUUAACUGUAUAUUUUUUUUCAUGUGAAGUGUUGAUAGUUGUGUGAAACUAAAACUUGAAGAACAGACUGACUAAA